AGUUGAGGGUGGGAGGGGAGCAGAGGGUCUCCUGUCUGCUCCUUUGUCAUGGGAAGACUUUACUCUGCUGCUCCAUACAGACCCAGAGGAGGAACCGCAGCUCCAACAGCAGCAGACGCGCAGCAGACAACUUCUAACUAUGUGACUGGGACGGAAAACCAAGGGAAGACAGUGCAGAGGGCCCAGCUGAAUCCUGCAUCCUCAGACCAAAUUAGAGAAAAGAGGCCACUGUGAUGAACAGCAUGCUUCCUCAGCGGAGUGCUGUGGCCACUCUGGGCUACGGUUCAGACUGUGUGAAGAUCGAGCACAGCAACAGCGGCUCGGUUGGUGGGACGUUGCUAAGAGGCUCUCGCUCUAAAGCAGAGCUGCAGGAGCUGAUGGAGACUCUGCAGCGCAGGAAGAGUGCUCUUGAAGCCAGCCUGAGGGCGGCUGAAAGCAGCAGGAAGUACCUCAGCGUGCCUUCACCUGUAGGAUCUCAGUCUACCAGGCCACUGUCUAUCCUCAGCAAUACGGAACGUCCUCCAUCUGCCUCCAGAAACUUCUACAUGACCAGCAGCAGCGUCCCUCCUUCACCUCGUCAGGGUGAUCGCCAGCUGAGCCCCAACGGCUUCCUCCGUCCCUCCCACUCUCGCCACCAGUCACAAGACAGCCUCCUUCUCUCUAAUGCAGCAGAUGGAAGCGCUCACCUCUCCUCCUAUGGAGAGCCUCUACCUCGUUCUCCCAGGGUUAAAAGUGGGGCAGCCAGUAUGCCGUCCAGCCCUCGAAUGGGCCGCAGGCUCUACUCUCAGGGCAAAGCUGGAGGAGACUCCCGUCAGAGGAAGUACUCCACCGGCUCCCUCACCAGUCUGGGGUUGCACAGCCGCUCUCUGCCUCGGCUUCACAACGCAGCAGACCCUCCUGCUCUGUCGUUGCCGUCUCGCCACUCAGUGGGCUCCCACAGAGGAGGGGUCCCAGCAGGGCAGCGACGCAGCCUCUCUUCACUGGAGCAGCCACCAGAUGUGACGGUACCAGCCAGCAUGCCCAGCACGCCCAGGAGAGCCAGCCUGGCCUCUCUGAGCUCUCUGGGUAUAGACAUCGACGGGACGGGUUUAGAUCUGGGCUUCGGAGAGAGGAGAUUGUCCUUUGGGAAGAGUGGGUUAAGUCCAGGACAGAGGGUGGGCAGCAUCAGCUCUCUGAAUGGCAAAGAGGAGCUGAGAGAUUAUCACCAGCACCAGAGGGAUGAGCGACUCAGGGAGCAGAAAGUGCAGAGACUGGAAUGCCAGCGUCUGGAGACCAUCCUAACCCUGUGCACUGAGUUGGGGCAGGUGGCGAGAGAGCCAGCAGGGUCAGCUGUUUCUGACCUGCAGAAGAUCAAUAAGGAGUUGGAGAAGCUGCAGGUGUCGGACGAUGAGUCGGUUUUCUCUGACUCUCCCAGCAGCACGGCUCCAGAGAGCUGCUUCGGGGCCAAAGCCAGAGACUUCCAGCUCCCUGAGGAGCAGCAGGCCGGCCAGCGUCAGCAGAGCAGCUACAGAGAUGUCAGGUCCCACUCGCCUGCUAUCAGCCUGAACAGCAGCGCAGCUUCACCCUCGACACGCCACAGAGCCAAAGCCUUGGAGAGUGUGCAGCUGAAACAAGAAGUAACGCAAAUAGAGGAAGAAAGAAUUCAGGUUCUGAACAACAUCGAGGAGCUGGAGCAAAAGAUCAAAGACCUGGACAACCAGAUGGAGGAGUCUCUCCGAGAGAUGGAGGUGGAGUGUGCCCUGCUGGAGGGAGAGCAGGAGUCUGAGAUGGCUCAGCUGCAGAGAGAAAAGGAGCUUCUGGAUGAACUCAAGGGAAAAAUUCAUAGUAUUGAGAAGGCGAGCAACACAGAGAAGCCACAGGAAGCUGGGGAGGAGUCAAAAAGUUCAGAGGAUUUGGAGUUUCAGAAGUUGGAGAGAAAAAUUGAACAGGACGAGGAAAAAGAGAAUCGGAACCAAGAGCUGCUGCGAGAGAUUGCAGAGUGUCAGCGGCUUAGUGUCACGCGAAAGGAAAGAAUCAUGACCCUGAAGAAACAGUCCUCACAGAUCACUUUACAGGCUCAGCAAGAACGAGAGAACUUCCAGAGAGAGAAAAACAAUUUGCUCCUCAUGCUUCAGAAGGAGCGGGAGAAGCUGGUGUCUUUGGAAGGAAAGUAUGCAGAGUUGUCUGAGGGGCAGAGCUUCACUAACAACCCUGGAGCCGUCAAAGAGCACUUGCACUCUCUGAAGGAAAGGAGAAGAAGCAGCAAAGAAAACUCUUCCCACCCGAGUGACACUCUACCUCAUAAGAGGAACCAGCAGCUCCUCACAUCUUACGGCAGAUCUCUGGGACGCACGCUUCCUCCCAAGGCUCACCUGCCGUUGUCUCAGAGCUCCAGCUGUGGCAGUGUCAUCCCACAAGGCUUCAGCUUCUCCACUCGGGAGGCGAACAGCCGCCGCCUGCCCAAGACAGGCAACAGCCACGCACACAUGAAUGAAGACAGGCAGAGACGAAGUGAUUUCUGCAGCAGGAUGGUGUCUGAGCCCAACGUGUUCCUGGACUCAUUCUCCUUCCCAGACAACAGCCAGACGUCGGACACGGUCAGCGUGGACAGUUCUGACAGUCUGGAGACCAGCUUCUCCGCCUGCUCCCCCGACAACAUCUCCAGUGCCAGUACAUCAAAUAUGGCGAAGAUUGAGGAGAUGGAACGUUUGCUCCGGGAGGCCCAGGCUGAGAAGCAGAGACUCCUCGAGCAUCGGGAGCGGGAGAUGGAGGUGCGCCGACAGGCUCUGGAGGAUGAGAGAAGAAGAAGGGAGGAACUGGAGAAGCGACUGCAGGAGGAGACGAGCAGGAGACAGAAACUUGUAGAGAGAGAAGUGAAACUCAGGGAGAAACAGAGAUCACAGUCCAGACUGCUGACUCGCUACCUCCCUGUAAGAAAAGACGACUUUGAUCUUCACGGCCAUAUUGAGGCAGCUGGACACAACCCAGACGCCUGCUUCCAUCUGGCCAUCACCGAUAAAACCUGUCGAGGAUUCCUGGUCAAAAUGGGAGGAAAGAUCAAGACGUGGAAGAAACGCUGGUUCGUGUUCGACCAGAAUCGCAGGACGUUCACAUAUUAUGCAGACAAACACGAGACCAAGAUGAAAGGAGUCAUUUACUUCCAAGCCAUAGAGGAGGUGUACUAUGACCAUUUGAAGAAUGCACACAAAAGCCCCAACCCCUCGCUGACCUUCAGUGUGAAGACCCACGAUCGGGUGUACUACAUGGUGGCUCCGUCUCCUGAGGCCAUGCGUAUCUGGAUGGAUGUUAUUGUAACGGGUGCUGAAGGACACAUGCACUUCAUGGUGUAACAGAUCUGGGUCCGCAGCAUGAACUUUACUAAACAUAAAACGGCUCACAGCAGCCUGCUCUAACAGCUAACACACACUGUGUGUAAAGCUGAGAUGGAUAUUCAUCAGGUCGACUCAAAAUUAGCUUCUGUUUACACUUGUAGCCUGCUAUACAUGAGCAUGACAACAAAUCAAGCUCAGAUGCACAUUUUAUAAUGUAAUCAUGUGUAAAACAAUCAAAUGAACUGAUAUACAGGUUCAUAAUUAAGCUAUUUACUUAUUUUUUUAUACUGUUUUUGUGCUGUGAGUGACUUAAGCAUUAUUGAAUCUCACAACAGAUAUUUUAUAACUUUCUUCUACCUUGUACAAACUCUCUGCUUGACAUAAACUCUUCUUGUUAUGUUUGACUUUUGUCCUAUUAAAAAUUAAUCAAGGAAGCUUCUAAAUGAUCAGAAACGCACUUCUAAACUGCGGUACACAAAUAUGCUCCUUCUCUACAGCAGUCAUCUGUAGCCUUUGGUAUAUUUUCAACUUGUGUACACCACCUCUGUUUCUUUCCCUUCUUCCAUUUCCAUUCUCUCUACUUCCAGCUAGAUUUCACAUUUUCAGUCAGACUGAAAUGUAUUUCCUUUGAAUGUCAGGCUGCAUCACAGCUUCCUUUUUUCAAGAUAAUCCUUUCUGUAUUUGUGGUUGCUGGAAUGCACAUUUUUAAUUUUAACUCAGAUUUAUUGCUUCUGUAUUGUCACUAAUGUUUAAAUGAAAUUAGUGUUACAUUUUUCACUCAGUCAUUGUGAUCGCUGCUGCCAGACUAUUCGCAUUAGCUGAUCUUUGAUCGUCUCUGUUUGCAUCACUUUCAUUCCAAUGAAAUUCAUUUUUCUUAACAUAUGCAAAUUUAAUACAUGAAGGAGAGAUGCUUGUUGGCACUUUUUUUUUCAAUUUAUUAUUAAUCAUUUGUAAUUGUUGGCAAAUAUUCUGCACAUAGAAAAUAAUCCACAUCACAAGGCCUGCCACAGUGCAGAUAGCUCCCUCUGUCUGUAGUGGAGGCCGGACAUGAUGAUGCCGUGUUGUGCAGCGGUGAUGCUGGAAGCUCCUACAUCACACGCAUGUUUCUUCUCACACUGAAGUAUGUCGUUAUGUUUUUCCACCAGCAGAUGUCCUCAGUGCAGAGUCAUUGCACUGGGAUGAUGUAAUGCUCUGCCUGGUCUACCCAUAGCUAUUUAUAUAAAUGAGCAGUUACUGAAAGCAAGAGCCUUACCCAUAUUUGCAAUACUUAAAUUAGUACAAUCAUACGCACGUGUAUAUCACCUAUGAGACUUGCUUUUUGGAAGCAAAUAGAAAUGACCAAGUUUAUAAUCUUGAAAUCAUUUUUGUAAUUUUGUUUUGAAUAUGUAUAAUUGAUCUGUAUGUUCUUUGACUCUUUGCAACAGUCUGACUGCAUUUGACAGUGAAAGAUCACUUCAAUACCCAUUGACCAGCUGCUGGUUUACAGACUGCAGGGCUCCGCUGUUUUGUCUGGUGCUGGUUGAGUGUUUGUUAACUCCUGCAGGGUGCAGCUCAGGCUGAAGAGCUGACAGUGUUACAGAUGAGUUGUUGCUUCUGUGAGGAGAAGUAUUAGUCAGAUGAACAUCUCGUCCUCAAGCUGCUGCACUGUGUGACGCAUAAAAGCCUUGAAACCAAACAAAUGACUGCAUUGCUAUAUAUUUUGAAUACAUUUAAUGUUUUAUAUUUUGUAUAUAAACAUAUUGUGAUUCUAGCUGACACUGUGGUACAGGUUUUUAUACUCAACAUGUGUCAUGAAUAAAUAAUUCUGAUUACGAAUCAUA